AUCCUCAGUCGACCAUACCGUUUCGACUUUGAAAACAACGAAGAUGAAGAGAGAGCGAUUGCUGAGGCGAUUGCCAGAGAGGAGGAGCUCAUGCGACAGGAGGAAGUCGACAAAGGCGGACCUCCAGAACCGGGAGCACGAGAUCCGGCUGGAAGGCCUUAUGACGAAGAUCCUGAAGAACAUGCUCGUAUGCUACCAUCGUCCGCGCACUUUGGUUACAGCCUUUAUUCACAUCCAGCACUUUCACGAUACCCCUCUAACCUGACAAUCCAUAAGGAUGACACCGCUGACACUCGGAUAUCUUUUGCAGAUCUUGGAAACGAUGGUUAUGCAAGUGUGUCGAUGGGAUAA